AUGAUUAUCAAACGUAACUUGAAAUCUCAAAUGCCGAAUCUGAAACGGGUCAAACUCGGUGACUCGGUGGGCGAGGACGACGAUUGCUCCUACGCUCGGAAGAAGAGGAAGACCAACGGUUACUACCCUUUGAACCUUCUUGGCGACGUGAUUCCGGCGAGUUUUCACGGGCUUUUAGGCGCCGGCGUGUCGGAGAAGGGUUUUUCUGCGACGUGGUGCACGCAGGUAUCGUGCAACGGAGUGGAAUCGAAUGCGAAAAAUGACGUCGUGGUGGAAGCGAAGAAGAAGAGCGAGGUUCAGCGGCCACCUCUGGUUAGGACUUCGAGGGGGAGAGUUCAGGUUCUGCCUUCGCGGUUCAACGACUCUGUUAUUGAUAAUUGGAGGAAAGAGAGCAAGAGUAGUAGUGGCGUGCGAGAUUGUGAUUAUGAUGAAGAGUUUGAAUGCAAGAAGGAGAAGCUCGGCUUCAGGGCGCCCAAAAUUUGCAAUAAUCAAAAGAAAGGGAAAAACGAGGAGAAAACGGCGUCUAAGGCUCGUAAGUACUCCGCAUUGUGCAAGACUUAUGAGCGGAGCAAAUGUUCGAGUUUGCCUGGUGGUGAGGCAUUGGUCUUGAGGCAUGGUGGGGUGGCCGUUGAAGAAGACGAGAGGGGAAGGUUUUCGGAGGUGGAAGGAGUUGGUUUGAUGGGGUUGAAGGAGAAUAACGGGGAGAGGAGAAAUGGGUUAUUUGGGCCAGAAGAUUUUUAUGCAGGUGACAUAGUGUGGGCCAAAGCCGGGAGAAAGGAACCUUUUUGGCCAGCCAUUGUUAUUGAUCCUAUGACUCAGGCACCUGAGUUGGUUCUCAGGUCUUGUAUAGCUGAUGCAGCCUGUGUCAUGUUUCUUGGGUACGCUGGGAAUGAGAAUCAAAGGGAUUAUGCAUGGGUGAAGCAUGGGAUGAUUUUUCCAUUUGUGGAUUAUGUGGACAGGCGUGAUGUUUCUUGGUUUAGAUUUCAGGGGCAGUCUGAGUUGAGUUUCUAUAAUCCUUCCGACUUCCAAAUGGCAAUCGAGGAGGCAUUUUUGGCAGAGAGGGGUUUCACAGAGAAGUUGAUAGCAGAUAUAAACACGGCAGCUAGUAACAAUGGUUAUGAUGAUUCUAUUCUGAAAGCCUUUCAUGAAGUCACUCAUUCAAACCAUUAUGCAGGAUAUCGUUUUCUGAACCAGGAUUUAUUUGAUAAGAAAGAUACACGGCCCUGUGAAGCCUGUGGGUUGAGCCUUCCUUACAAGAUAUUAAAGAAAACGAGGGAUUCAAGCCCCGGUGGGCAAUUCCUAUGUAGAACAUGUGCUAGGUUAACAAAAUCAAAGCAUUAUUGUGGCAUAUGCAAGAAGGUUUGGAAUCAUUCAGAUAGUGGAAGUUGGGUGCGCUGUGAUGGAUGCAAAGUGUGGGUACAUGCUGAAUGUGACAAAAUUUCUAACCACCUUUUCAAGAAUCUUGAAGGCACUGAUUAUUACUGCCCUACUUGCAAAGCCAAGUUUGAUUUUGAGUUGUCAGAUUCAGAAAAACCACAUCCAAAAGUCAAGUGGAACAAAAACAAUGAGCAACUCGUGCUUCCAAAUAGGGUCACUGUUCUCUGCAAUGGUGUGGAAGGCAUAUAUUUUCCAAGCCUUCAUUCAGUUGUGUGCAAGUGUGGGUUUUGUGGGGCAGAAAAGCAAGCACUUAGUGAAUGGGAACGACACACAGGUUCCAAAUCAAGAAAUUGGAGAACAAGUAUUAGGGUGAAAGACUCCAUGCUACCUUUGGAACAAUGGAUGCUGCAGUUGGCAGAAUUUCAUGCUAUUGCUCAAGUUCCUACCAAACCUAAGAAACCUUCUCUGAAAGAAAGAAAGCAGAAGCUGCUUACCUUCUUGCAAGAGAAGUAUGAACCUGUUUAUGCUAAGUGGACUACAGAACGCUGUGCUGUCUGUAGAUGGGUUGAAGACUGGGACUACAACAAAAUUAUUAUUUGCAACAGAUGUCAAAUAGCUGUUCAUCAAGAAUGCUAUGGAGCAAGAAAUGUCCGAGAUUUUACAUCUUGGGUUUGUAAGGCCUGUGAAACGCCUCAUAUCAAGCGCGAGUGUUGUCUUUGUCCUGUGAAAGGUGGUGCUCUGAAGCCAACUGAUGUUGACACGUUAUGGGUUCAUGUCACUUGUGCUUGGUUUCGACCUGAAGUCUCUUUUGCUAGUGAUGAGAAGAUGGAGCCUGCCUUGGGUAUUCUAAGUAUUCCAUCAAAUUCUUUUGUGAAGGUGGGAUUUGUGUUAUUUGCAAGCAAAUUCAUGGGUCGUGUACACAAUGUUGCAAGUGUUCCACUUAUUUCCAUGCCAUGUGUGCAUCAAGGGCCGGUUAUCGAAUGGAGACCUCAAAAGGAGAAGACAUGGAAAUUGCAUUGUUUGGAGAAAAAUGGCCGGCAGACAACAAAAAUGGUCUCUUAUUGUGCUUACCACAGGGCUCCCAAUCCAGAUACUGUUUUGAUUAUGCAAACUCCUCUUGGGGUCAUUUCAACCAAAAGCCUUCUCCAAACUAAGAAAAAAACUGGUUCAAGGUUAAUCUCGUCUAACAGAAGAAAACAAGACGACACUCCUGUUGAUAACACUGAGCAUGAACCAUUUUCUGCAGCUAGGUGCCGAAUCUUUCAAAGAAUAAACCAUACCAAAAAGAGAGCUGCAGAUGAAGCCGUUUCUCAUCAAGUUAGGGGUCACUAUCAUCAUCCUUUAGAUGCAAUACAGAGUUUAAAUACACCCAGAGUGGUACAUGAACCCCAGGCAUUUUCUUCUUUCAGGGAACGGCUUUACUACUUGCAGAGAACUGAAAAUGAACGGGUUUGCUUUGGUAGAUCAGGCAUACAUGGAUGGGGCCUCUUUGCGCGUAGAAAUAUUCAGGAAGGAGAAAUGGUCCUUGAAUAUCGUGGUGAACAAGUGAGACGCAGCAUUGCAGAUUUGAGGGAGGCACGCUAUAGAUUAGAAGGGAAAGAUUGCUACCUGUUUAAGAUAAGUGAAGAAGUGGUGGUAGAUGCCACUGAUAAAGGGAAUAUAGCACGGCUGAUUAAUCAUUCAUGUAUGCCAAAUUGCUAUGCAAGGAUCAUGAGUGUCGGUGAUGACGAGAGCCGGAUUGUGCUCAUUGCUAAGACCAUCGUGUCUGCCGGUGACGAGUUAACGUAUGACUACUUGUUUGAUCCUGACGAGCCAGAUGAAUUCAAAGUCCCCUGCCUAUGUAAAGCUCCAAACUGCCGGAAAUUCAUGAAUUAG